CUGACGUGAAGCUCGUAGAAUAAAGGGCCAAUUUUUGAAAUAUUAAUGCCAACCGACACUUUACAUCAAGAUUUCAAGAUGAAAGGUGCAUCCGUUGUCACCUGUUGCUGUAUAUUCCUUCACCUUUCCAUGAAAGUGGUUUGUGACUCGGGUGCAACCGUAGUAUGGCGGCAAAACAACGCUGAUCAAGAUGCUGAUGAAAUCCAUGGUGCCAUAAAAGGUUGGGGAACCAACGAGAGAAAACUCAUCGAGAUCCUAGGAACCAGAACAAGUCAUCAGAGGAAAGAGAUUUCAGCUGCAUAUAACCGAAAAUACGGAAACCCUAACGAUCCUGGAAGAUCGGCAAUAAUAGAUGAUCUGGAAGGGGAUACAAAAGGUACAUUCGAAGAUAUUCUGGUGCAACUCACAUAUUCGAUAGAAGAGCUGUUGGCGAAAGAAAUACACGAGUCGUUGCAUAGGCGGAAAGAUUGGACUUUUCUGGAAAUAAUUUGCACAAGUGAUAAAAACAUGCUGGAUCGAAUCAGAGCGGCUUACGUUGCAGAGUUCAAAGUUAGUCUGGCCCAAGAAAUUGAGAACACAGUUUUGGACGUUCCGACGAGAUUAUUGUUACUGCGUGCUAUGGGUGGAUUCGAUCUUCCCCCUAGAUCAUCAGAAGGUUUGGAUGAUAAGGCUGUUAGAGAUCAGGUCAAAUCUAUACCAGAAAAAAAAGAGCAAUGUUUGCUUGAAAAUAAUGGCAAGUUUUUCACAUUGCUAUCGAAAGAGAGCUUUGCUCAGAUACGCACAGUAGUCAAAGAGUAUGGAUCAAAGCAUAAGGAUGAUCCAGUUGAGAAGCGAAUCAAAGAGAACUGUGAGGAUGAAUCUCUGAGGAUGGCUUUCACCACUAUUGUAAAUUACGCUGAGGAUCCUCCAAAAUACUAUGCAACUGUGUUAAAGGAUGCAAUGAAUGGUUUGGGAACUAAGGAGCAAGUUCUGAAUCGAGUCAUCAUCUGGAGAAGCGAGAUAGAUCUGGCCAGAGUGGCUCAGUCUUUCCACGAACUCACUCAUAAGUCUCUUGUCGACUGGGUGAAGAGUGAUACUUCCGGUGACUAUCAGGACAUACUAGUGCAGCUGAUUAACGGCAAGCCUGAAUGAGACUAUUGUUUAGGUCAUUAUAGAGGCUAAUUUUCCAGGGUCAUUAUUAUUUAGGCUUAUUAUUGAACUUAUUGAACCAUAGAGUCAUAUGAACCAUAAUUAGAUUUACAUGGUUCAACUUAUUGAACCAUAUAAGAGUCAUAUGAGAGCCAAGAAUAAUAUCAUCUCGAAUAUAAACACAAUGUUUCAUCAGUGGUCAUAACAUUGACUUAUUGCAGUAGUUAGAAAUUAUUUGUCAAGUUGUAUGUCUAUAUUCAAUAUUUAUAGCAAUUAAGGUGUUGGAAUAAACUUUUGAUUGGGGAGAAACUUUUGUAUUGUUUUUAUUGUUACCCCUAACUGUUGCCCUUUUAUUAUUUUCUGGUACCCUUUUAUAAAUGGUACCCAGUACUAGUAUCAACUGAUA